AUGUCCUACAAGCGACAACAAUCUAGCAUUCUCCCGCCAUCUUUGCGCGUUACUGCUGCGACCUUGCUGAUAGAUGCAGUGGCAGCACAACCCGCUCAACUGAUUUCAUUGACCUUGGGCAUUGCCUUCAAAUCGCCCACCACGGCGUUGUCGGCCUACAACUCCAUCGACACUUCUGACGACAAGACAUACCUUGCUCCGCCUCCUCAUCCUCCCACGUCUGAAGCAUCCUCGUCGAGUCCACCCUCACCACGACCGCCUCCAUUCUCCUCCCUCUACUUCCCUACCGACGCCGAACUCGACAGCAUCAGGGCCACCGUCACCGAGACUGCCUGCGAGUCACUCCUCACCGCAGCCCCGGCGCCCUCGUUCGAGGAGGCUCUCGCCGCAGACGAAGCCGAGUCCAAGGCUGAGGCCGAGACCAAGGCUGCCCUUCCGCAGGACACCAAGGCCGAGUCUUCCAAGGCAAUCGACGACGGGGAGCCUCCGCCACCGUACACAGAAGGGUCAAGUCCUCUCGAUUCCUUCACCUUCGUCAUGGCGGCCGCUGGCGGUGCUGCCAGCAUCAUCACCCAGGUUCAGCAAACACCGGGUCCACCCAUCAAUACAUUAGGAGAAGCUGCAGCGGAUGAACACAUUACGUUGGACCUGAGAGGGACGCAAUUCACCCUAUCCCGAGAUGAAUUGUUGACCCUUCCCGAGUUCGUGUUGUUGUCAUUAUUUCCCAACGGUCUUCUCCCGGACGGUCACAUGAAUGCGUUUCAUGAUGGCGACGUCUAUCCGGUCGACUAUGACCCUGCCUCUCUCCAAUAUAUGUUGAACUUCUUCCGCGAUGUUGCGCAAUCGAUACCCUCGGCAUCUCCUUCGCCGACCACUCCACCCGAACACGAUCCGAUGUCGAUCGAACCACUACAGGGGUCCACGAAAGACAUGCUUCAAGAUAGAGCCGGGAUCAUCGUGCUCAGGGAGGAUCUCGACUUCUAUGUUAUCCCUCCCCGACCGGACAUUGAACAGCUGGAAAUGACCGAAGUCAAACGCGCAGCAGGCCGGGCCCUACUCAAACAGAACGGCAUCUUCUCCGGUCUCAAGAGAAGCGAAGAGGUCGGGACGACAGAGCAGCAUUUGAUUGAAAUGCUGACUGCUGGUGGUUUCAAUCACGACGACGCAUGGGGUCAUCGAGCAGGAGAACCGAACAAGGCGGUCAUAUGCAGUUUAGCUUUGGCUCGCUUACGGACAGACGUCAAAGGUGACAUUGCCGGAAGUAACGCCGUUGGCAUGGCCCAGAAAUUGUUGCUGUUUUGGCGAAAGCCCGCCCGAAGGUGCUGGUGGGAAGGUGUUGAGCUAGAGGACAUUGAUGGCGUCGAAGGCAAGGUCAAAGUAUGGAUACGGAGGGUAUGGACUCUUGAAAUGAGUGUCAUUGGCUUGCGGUGA